AUGGCCCCUUUGAAUACAGAGACCGAAGCCGCCCCCGGGGAUGCCCCUUCCUCGACCCCCAUCGGCAGCAGACCCUGGGUCAUCCUCGCCAUCGUGUUCGGAGCCGUCUGCGUCGUCGGUUGCGGAGCCGCGUUGGUCCACCGCUGGUACAAGAAGUCGAGGCCAUACCGGGAAGUCGCCGGCGACCACGACACGCAGCCGGUCAUGGCGACGAGGACGACUACUCCCAGUCCCACGGCGACGUGGCCCAAGCUGUCGCCGUCGCUGAGCGUCCGCAGCAUCCACAGCGUCGUCGACGAGAGGCAGCUGGAGAUGCAGAGGGCGCAGAUCAUUCGCAAGUCGCUCGCCAGCCGCGCCUCGUCGCGGGACAUGUCGAUGUCGCAACCGUCGCGAGAGACUCUACGGCCUGCUCGAGAUGGGCGCGAGUCGCCUGAGCUUCAUCAUCAUCAUCAUCAUCAGCAGCAGCAGCAGCGACAACAGGCACAACACGGCAAGCAGCAAUCACAAGAGAGGGACUCGAGGGAUUGCGAACAAGGCAUCGACACCGAAGACGACACGCCGGUGGAGAGCCCCGUCGGGAUGGUGCGGGACUGGAAGCGAUGGGAGGCAGGCGUCCAACAGGAUAGCUCGCGAUCCCUUGCAUACCACCCCAGCAUGGAAGAACUCCCCGCCAACGAUGCAGGCGCUGCUGCGCGAUAA